AGCGCACCUCCUGCAUCCCCCUGGCCCGGCCCCCCUCUCCUCUCUUCCCCUGCUCCCCGGGUGUGUGAGCCUGCAUCAGCGCUCCAUCCAGCGGAGGAAGAACCGCAGGGAGACCAUGAAAAGCGAGGGGAUGGAAGCGCGGAAGGACUAACAUCACCACAUGAAAGGGGACACAGGCUGCAGAACAGAGAGACGAAGUGAGGACGGAAGAAGCUAAAGGUUACGCAAGAGGCGUUCCGGCUCCAUGUCUGCCCCUGCUCCAGCCAAUCGGAGGUCUGGGUUGGGCUCUCGUCGGUUUGACUACUGCAGGUUCAUAGAGCUAGACUACGUUCCUAUGGAGACAGACUAUAUGGUCUCAAUGCGCCAGACAAAAAGCCUUGCAUCGUCCAAGUCACCGACUAAGGGAUACGCUUCCACCAAGUCUCCUGAUCGCCACAGCAGGCGGACACCGGCCACGCCUAGUAAUAGAGAUCCCUAUGGCAACACCCCCCUCAGCAGCAGCAGCAACUCAGGCUCUUGUAAAGGCAGUGAGUGCAGCCCCACCAAAGGUCGUCACCCGAAAUAUACGUCAUGUACGGACAACCAUGGCAUCCGGCCACCUCCACCAGAGCAGUACCUCACACCGCUGCAGCAGAAAGAGGUGUGUAUCCGACACCUGCGGGCCAGGCUAAAGGAAACCAUCAACACUCUACAAGACAGGGACACAGAGAUAGACGAUCUGAGGGGCCAGCUUUACAGGAUGCAGGAAGACUGGGUUGAAGAGGAAUGUCACCGCGUUGAAACUCAACUGGCUUUGAAGGAUGCGCGCCAGGAGAUCCAGCAGCUCAAACAGGCCGUGGACACUGUUCGCGACAGGCUCAGUGAUGCUGGGGGGCUGAGUGGCGACAUAGGGGUCCAGAAGUACUUUCAGGACAUCAACACUCAGAACCACAAGCUUGAGAACCUUUUGAUCAACAUGGAGCUAGCCCAAGCUGGAUUAGCCAAGGAGGGGGAACCCAUACCAGGCUGUCGCACCCGUGUUGGAGGUUCGGCACCAGCGUCGGUUUCAGGGGAAAGUCCUGGAAUACCCAAACCGGCAGUAGGAGGCAGGGGGUCUUGUUCCUGUGACUGUUCUCCAGCCCGUUCUUUGACGAGGAGCUCCACCUACACUAAGCUCAGUGAAGAAGCACUUGGGGACCGCAAUGGCAACGGCCCCGACUAUCCUUGUCUGUCAGGUGAUGGCACCCAGGAUAGUGGUUUUGUGUGUUGUGGGGAAAGCAACAUCACCAGCCGGGCCGACCUGCUGCUGGAGGCCGCAUUCCUCUCUGAAGAAACAGCAUCUUUACUCAACUCCUACGCACAGAUGCCACACUCCUCCACCUAUGAGAAGCUGUGCACAGGCGAGCGGCUUGCAUCCCUUCGUUGUGGUCUAGGCGGAGCGGGCUGUAGGAGCCAUCCCUGCCUGUCCCACCACCACCUCUACCUGCACUCCUUGCGGGAGACCGGCAUUCAGACAGAAAGCUGCCCCAUCCCCGCAACGGCAGGUUACCCCUCUGAUCUGGAUACCAUAGCGGAGCAACGUACUUUCCGUUCCCAGGCCUGCAGCCCCACCUCCACCUGGAUGUCUGAUGAGGGCGAUGAGGAGCUGGACUCCAUUACCACCACAACUUCAAUAACCACUGCAACGAUGAUGAGUACGGCCACAGAGCCGAUUCUGGUCACCAAAACACCACCAGUCCAUUCCUUACCACGGUCUGCCACUGUAGCGUGCUCUAUGGAAAGUCCUCUGUGUGGGGGAGAGGAAGAUGUGGAGGAAGAGGAAAAGCAAGACAAGGAGAACAGAGAGAAGGAAGCUGCAACAAUGGCGCAGCAGGAAGAAACAACAGUAGUUAGAUUGGCAGAAGAAGAGCAGCAGACACAAGGGGGCUCAAUGGGAGGGAAUGAGUUGGAAGUUCAGGGUACAGAAGAUGAUUUAACAGAGACAUCAGCAGGGAUGCAGGGUGAGUUUGGAGGAAGCUGUGAAGAAAUCAGACAGGUUGGGUCAACACUAGAAAACCUCAGCCUGGAAGACAGCCAGCAGGAAGUUGGUCUAGCAGCAGGAUCACCCCAGAUAAAGAAAGCAGAACUGAGUCCCAGUUGCUCAGGAUUAUCCCCGGACAUAGAACAGCCUCACACCUCACAACCGAGGAGAUCCACUUCCGAGGAGAUCGCCAGUGUCACUGUGGUGGAGUUGCAUGAUGAGGACAAUGAUGAAGAUGAAACUAAAGAACAAGGCGCAACAGGGGGCGCAACACCCGAGGAGGAUGAGUCAUCGGACUCUGGGACAAUUGUGAAAAGCUACUGGAGUCGUCACUUCCUGGUUGAUCUUCUAGCAGUGGCAAUCCCCGUGGUGCCAACACUGGCGUGGUUCUGUCGUGGCCCCGCCCGUGGUGAGCAGCCCAUAUAUCAUAUAGGGUCGCUGCUGCGGGGCUGUUGCACUGUGGCGCUGCACUCACUGCGCAGGGGAGGUGGGUUGAGGCACUACCCUGCAGGCGGGGGAGACAUGGGUGGAUCACAGAUAUAAGAGGAGAAUCUGGUCCAUCCUCUGUGGUCCUUAACUACGACCUCUCCUGUGUGGGUCUGGGUCCUUCUCUUGUGGGAAAAUACCUCGAAGGAAAGGGGAAGAAACAACCUCCUGUCCUGCAUUCUUCCAAGGUUAACAGCUAUGGGGAACAUCCGGGACAGGAAUUCUGCUUUUAUGACUAAUAUCUCUAACUGGUUAAGUCUGUUCUGUUUGGUCCUACUCCUUAUCGUCUCCCAAACACUGGUCCUUGCUGUUGUUACCAAGAUGUCUGCUAACACUACUGACUUGUGCAAAACUGAAUGAGCUGAUUGGAAUGAAUGAUCUAUGCUUGAAUGUUUAACGCUGAUUGUUUUCUUUUUAAAUGCAGGAAAAUGUUUUAAGGUUCAUAGAUCUGUCUACCAGGCUGUCUUGAAUUGAAAAUGUUCAAAUGAUCUUGUGUAUGUAUAAAAAUGUGUCCAUGUACAACACUUCGCUCACUGACCAGUGAAGGGAGGAUCCACUCUAAUUCAGAUUUCACACAUGACCUAUGACUGCAGACAGUUUUCAUUGAGUCAUUGGCAUCUUCUAGACCAAACAACAUAGUGCUAUCACUAUCAAUAACGACAAUGUCGUCACAGAACCCUGGUUGAUCCAAGGGGUAGAACACACUGAAACACUGCAAGGCAUUAAGAACCUUCAGCUCUGUUAGAGGAGAGAUCCAUUCUGUUGCAGCUUCAACUCUUUCUGUUUAUACAAGGAAAAUUAAGCCAGAGAAUGACAAGAAUGACUUCUUGGAUAAAGACUUGUAUUGAGCAGGAAAUUAGGCCACAAAUAACUGCCUUAGCAAUCAGUUGGUGGUUGUCAGUUUAGCCAAAGAAAUAUUUGACGGAAAAACAUCUGACAAUCGAUUGAUUUUGCCUUUAAAUUCCAUUCUCCCAGGGGACAUAUCAACAUCUAAUUCUCCUUUAUAUAAGGUGAUUUGCAAUUGAAGCUGUAUUUCAUUUCCUUCAACCCCAGCAUCCAAGGACAACAUUUCUUCCCUGCACCUCUUUAUAAUGCUAUACAAAAUCAAAUUUCAAAGGUCAGGACUUGUGGGACAGGGAUUUGUUGACUAUUAUAGAAAAUGAAUGAGAGCUGGUGGCUGUGUGCGGUGUGUUUCUACCCUGAGAGUAGAUAAUUACUACUAACCCGAUUAACAUUACAGAAAUUAAAGAAAGCAGAUCAGAUACAAAAGUUCAAACUCAAGCUCAAUAAAUCCACAAACUUCGUCCCAACUUAAUUCCACAAAUCUAUAGAUUUUUCACCUGAGCAGAAAAUGCCACCUGUUUUAUGACUGAAGGCAAACUACAUAAUGUGUUUCCUUUUCAUCUUCUAGCUACACAGUUUCUACUUUUUCACAGUUUAUCUCAACACUUAAAUAGACGUUCAACAAUUAGUUUUCUUGCCGCAAGCUAGAUGAGAAGAUGAAUGACCCUCUAAUGAUUGUACGCUAAAUAAGAAGCUACAACCUACAGGCAGGUAGCUUAACUUAGCUUAGCAACGAGACUGGCAGCAAGGGGAAACAGCUAGCCUAGCUCUUACCUAUCCACUGUUUUGGUAGGGAUAUUAUGUUUUGUUAUUAUUUAACCUGUCCUCAGUCAUACAGUUGUUAAACUGAAUUCAAAGCAAACUCAGCUGAACUUUUGAAUUGUUGAAAAUAAAUAAUCUCCAAUUGGGUUACUUUGGUCAGACACUUGUUUGUAGAUACUCACUGGGUCAGUUUGACACUUUGAUGUAGAUCUGAAUAAAGUGAGUUGUGCUUAGUCUGUACUCUGUGCUGUAUAUUUCUGCUAACCUAAUGCUCUCGUGGUAUAGUUUAACUGUCACUCUGGUAGUGUGUAUUUUAAAGUCCGCUGUACAAGAGUUAGUCAGUCACUGCAAAUUAAAUCAAAAUUGUUUAAUAGAUUAUUCUGCAAAGCAUUUGUGGACAUGGAGGACAUGUUAGUGAACUCAAAAUGUAAAUCAAAAAGAUACCUAAGUUGUUAUCACUUUAAGGAUCAGGGUGUUUACUUUCUAUGAAUGUGAGAAAUAUUAUUUAAAAUUUCUUAUGUUGGCUGAUCUUGUGCAUAUAUUUGGGUUCAUAUGUCCUAAGGGUAAAUAAGCAGCCUGUGACUGUAUAAUCAAACUUGUCUAAAUGUCAAACUCACUCUUAUACAACCAGCAAAAAUAGCCUGACACCAACUGAGCUGUUUAAUUAUUUGGUGAGGAAAUAUCAGAAUGAAUGUUUUUUGGUUUUUUUGUUGACAUAUUUUGCACUAUUGUUCACUUUAUGAAUUUUAAGCAAUUACUUGAAGUUGAGAUUGUAUGUGUGUCGAAAGUGUUUUGUGUCCACUGAUUGUUUUGUUGGUCUGCAGUUUAACAUAUAGUGCUGGUCAUGUUUAGAGCAAAAAUAAAACAGGUGAAGUGUAGCUAAAAUAAUGCAGAAAAUUCAGGUAGAUCUUUAAAAAUAAUAAUACAAUACAUGUCAUUAUUUUCUGUGAAUACUGUAAAGCAGUUGCCUUUCAUUCAUGCUUUUUGAUUUCAGCUCUUGACCACAAUAUGUAUCUACAAGCCGUACAAAUAAUGGACAUUCAAGUCUAAAUGCUGAUGUAAAAACAUACACUGGUAGAGAAUGAGCAGUGUUUAUGCUACCGGAUCAAAUUAUGUAAGUGUCAGACGUCAGUGACAAAUUGACAAUCAUGACAACCCCCUGUCUGUGUUUAGUUUUCUGCAGUGGCCAUUAUCAAUGCAUUAAGAUCCAUGAAACAAUUGAAGGAAUGCCUUAGAAACAAAGGACUGCCUCUUCUCCACUUCCACUGUUCAAUAUUUGCUCAUCUAGAACCUCAAAAUCACGGUCUGACUCAUGAGUUGUGUUCCCAUCUCCUGACUUUAUGAGCUGCUGGGCUAAAAUGAAUUAGGAGGCUAAAACUAUUUCAUGUUUUACAAAAAGCCAUAUACUCCCGUGAGAAUGUGUUUUUAUGUUUUGUGAACCAAAUCUUUGAUGAUAGAAGUCAUAUAAAUGAACUACAUCAGCAUUGGAUGUAAUUUGAUUGGAUGAUGUAAAGAAGAAAGAGUAUAUUUAUUGCAAUCCAGGUUUAGGUUUGUUGUUGGGUGCAGCAAUCAUCUCAGCCUCCUUUAUUUACCUCUAUGCACAACAGUCUAUACUUUAGCUGCUUAUAUUGUAAUAUAAUGUAUGUGUGUCUGAAAAGUUUUUUAAACUGUUGUGCAUUUUUAUUAUUGUAUUAGCCUCCAAAGCCCAGUUUUGUUUUUAAUUUUAAUUUUAAUUUUUAAUUCAUUUUGUGCUUUGAUUUUGUUGAUAUGUUGUGCAAACAAGACAUAUAGCUGAGGGGUGUACUAUCAUAAGGGGUAAAACAUCUGCACAAUGUAUUAAGGCAUCCAUUUAGGUGUAGAUCACAUUUGACUGUCAUUUAAACACAAAAUCUCUCAAAUUGUCUUUCUAAACUAUUGUUGCUUUGUUACUUAAAGGCCCAAGCUAAAUUAAAACAAAUUGGUCAAAUCCCAAUUUGUUUUACCAAAAACCACAAAAAUCGGUUAAAAAAUGUUGUUGUUUUUUGCUGUUAAUGGCUUUCCAAAAUUGUUGUUGCGUUAAUGUCUAAAAAUAUAGCAUGUUAACAUGACCAAACUGGUGUUUUAAUAUCAAGAUCACAAAACACAUUUAUUUGCUCAAUUGACCUUUCAUAAACUCUACAUAUAAACACACACACAAAUCUUGAAUACAUUAUUGGCACUAGUGAACUUCCGAGGCGUUGUCAGCUAACCCAAAUAAAUCCAGAUUCCUUCAGAAUAACUUCGUAGUACACCCCUCACACAAGUUAUUGAUCAAAUGUGUCGCAUACACACAAACUACACAAUUAUCAUUCAACACCUUUGUGCACGUGAUUCUCUUGUACACAACAUUCAUUAUGUUUUGUGCAUAAGAUCAUACAUUUUGCACCAAAAUGGUCAUUUGUGCACGCAAGAAAGCAAUGAAAAUAAUAAUAUAUGUUAUUCUCUCGUGCUUACAAGAUUUAAAAACAAAAAUGUUUGGGUGGCUUCUGUAUUCAAUAGCUUUUUAUGUGUUUAAUGUACACUGUGUUUCCAACAGGCCUGUAUAAGGCCUUUAUGUCUGCAAAUACUUAUCCUAAUAGGGUCUGGUGAAGAUAAAUGCAUUCUUGGAGUCAUUUUGGCCCUUACAUUUUCCUAUUCAAUGAAUACCAUGGCCCCCAGCACUUGUUUAGGAUUCCAACCAUUGUUAUAAAUGCUUCAAUUCCAGAAAAGGGUUGAUUACAGGGUGUCAUUUAUUUAUUACAAUUCUAUUCUCACUUUCCUUUGAUCAAUCCCGUGCAGAACUUUCAGAACCCAUUCAAAGAUGAUUGCAAUGCUAAGGAGGCCAUAAACCUGAGUUGGACACUGUUCAAAAUGUCCUAUUUUUGUCCCAUAAUGCACCUGAACUUCCUGCUGUAGUGUUGGUUGUGCCAGUGUACAGUUUGAGUGGAAGGGGGGUGACUGAGUGAUUAUAUACUACGUAUAUCCUAAAACACAUAUGAUGCUGAAUAUUAUUGUGGGAAGAGACGAGGAGGUGGGUGUGUUUGGCUUCUUUAUAUUGGUCAAUAUUUGAAUGUGUAUUGUCAUUUUAUGCUUUAUUCCUUGUCUGACUGUCUGAGUAUGUGUUCCAUAGCCUAUGUAAUGAUAGUUAACGUAAACAGAGCUUAUACCAAGUCAUUUAACAUACUAACAUAGAAGGAGUUCAAUGCCUGGUAUAGGAAUUUAGCUGACAUCCUUAAUAUUUACAGAUAAUGUAAUGUAAAUGAACUAUUUUAAUGGCAAUAGUAGUGUGUAGAGACAUCAACAUUCACACUCCCACCACACUGUAUAAAGGCAGACCAAGAGCCCCUAUAUUAAACAGCAUGGAGGAAACGUA